AUGUCGGGUCUUAAGAACGUCAUCAUCACUGGCGGUGCCGGCCUCGUUGGCCCUCUGCUCGCCAAGCGUCUGUUGAACGACGGUGGCUACAGGGUCAUCCUCACUGAUCUGGCCCAGCCUACCGUCCCCGAGGGUGUCCCCAACCCAGAGAACGCUGUCUGCAUGAAGGGUGAUAUCUGCUCUGCCGAGUUCGUGAAGGAGCUCCUCGAUGCUGCUGAGCCCAAGCUCCACGCCAUCUUCAUCUUCCACGGCAUCAUGUCUGCCGGUUCCGAGGCCGACUAUGACCUGUCCAUGCGCGUCAAUAUCGAGAGUGUCCGCAACCUCCUCCUCGCCAUCCGCGCGCGGGGCCCCGGCACCAGGGUUGUCUACUCCAGCUCCCAGGCCGUCUUCGGUCAGCCUCUCCCCGCGGUCGUUACUGACGACGUCACCCCCACGCCCGAGGGUACCUACGGCUCCCACAAGUACUCUACUGAGAUCAUCAUCAACGACAUGAACCGCAAGGGCUUCGUCGAUGCCUUCACCGUGCGGUUCCCCACCAUCGUCGUCCGACCCGGCAAGCCCAGCAACGCCGCCCCCUCCUUCCUGUCGGGCAUGAUCCGGGAGCCCAUGAAGGGCGAGGAGUGUGUCAUCCCCCUGACCGACACCUCCUACCGCUCCUACGUCUGCUCUCCCAGCAGCACCAUCGAGAACCUGGUCCGUGUCCUGAACCUCCCCAACGACGCCCUCCCUCCCCACAGACGCCACAUCAACUUCCCCGGUGUGUCCGCCUCCGUAAAGGAGUUGAUGGACGGCCUGGCCAAGUACGGUGGCGAGGACAAGCUCAAGCUCCUCAAGUUUGAGACCAACCCCGUGUUCGAGAGAAUCCUGCGAAGCUGGCCUUUGGAUUUCGACCCUACCACCCCUGACCGUCUGGGACUUAUCAGGGAUAAGCACCCCGAGGACUUGGUCAAGGAGUACAUCGACUCCCUUAAGCAAUAA